AUGAUCGAAUAUAUACAUUGUUUAUAUUUGAUUUCAUUGUUUGCAAUACCAUUGAAAGCAUUAAUCAUUGUAGUCGAAUAUCUUAUUGUUCAAUUUAAACAGAUUGUUUUGACAACAAAACAAUUAUUUGAUUAUCGUUUUAAUCAUCGAAUACCGGUAAUAAUAAAAAUGCGUAUGAAUUGGAAUGAUUUUUAUGGAAAUUAUAUUCGUAUUUUUGAUCAUACUGCAAAAUUCAAUCAUGAUUUAAAAAUAGUAUUGUUAGCUAUGGAAACCGUAUCAAAAGCUUCGAUUAUUUUUUCCACUAUAUUCUAUAGUCAAAAAAUUACUGAAACUAUACCUGGAGCCAUAUUUGUUAUAUGUCUUUUUUCAUUUUUUUGUCUUUCAACCGGUGUUUAUUCUCGAUUCUCCAAUUUUCCAUCAUUUAAUCAUCGAUGUUAUCAACAUUUACUAUCAUGGACUAUACGAAUAUCAAAAUUACAAUCAAAAAUCAAUGCUAAUCGAAGAAAAAAACGUCUUCGAGAUUUGCUUAUCUUUUCCAGACGAGAUCUAAUCAAAAUAAAUUUGUUCUUACAGACAAUGAAAAGAAAUCGUCUAGGUUUUACCUGUGGCAAAAUAUUUUUCAUCAAUAAAUUUCAAUAUGUUGAAUUAGUUUUAAUGAACAUACCGUUGACAAUAAUGUUUUAUAAAAAAAUUUGUCUUAAUCUUAAUUACAAGAUUGAUAACAAUUAA